GGGAGGGAAAGAGGUCUGAAUAAUUGAGAAGCAGCUUUCGGUGGUGGCGGUGGCUGUGGCGGCGGAGGCAGCCACCACCUCCUGCCUUCCGCUCCCAUCACCCGCAGCCCCGCACUUACCCCCACAAGCAUAACCACCAGAUACUCAGCAGCCAGGGCGGCAGGUGCAGCUUCCCAGCCCCGUCCCCAUCUCCUGCAUCCUUCGGUCAGGGUUUCCCGCAGGAUUCAGAGAAAGGAGAAAGCAUAUGGCUCAAGCAUGUGGCUGAGGGACCCCCUGGGUCUUUUCUGAAAGGAGUCUCUCCUUCCUUGAAGUUGAUGUGCUUCUGAGCCAUUGAGCAAGCUCUCCAAUCUCUCCAAGCAGCUGGCAUCUGCCUCCGCCCCUCCCCGUCACAAUGAGUGGCUUCUUUGCCUCUCUGGACCCCCGGCGGGUCCAGUGGGGGGCUGCUUGGUAUGCCAUGCACUCUAGGAUCCUCCGCACUAAGCCCGUGGAGUCGAUGCUGGAAGGCACGGGAGGCACCACGGCUCAUGGCACCAAGCUGGCCCAGGUGCUCACCACCGUGGACCUCAUCUCCCUUGGAGUUGGCAGCUGUGUGGGCACGGGCAUGUAUGUGGUGAGUGGGCUGGUGGCAAAAGAAAUGGCGGGACCCGGCGUCAUUGUGUCCUUCAUCAUUGCGGCUGUGGCUUCUAUCUUGUCAGGUGUCUGCUAUGCUGAAUUUGGAGUUCGAGUUCCCAAAACUACUGGGUCAGCCUACACCUACAGCUACGUCACAGUGGGCGAGUUCGUGGCAUUUUUUAUUGGCUGGAAUCUGAUCCUGGAGUACCUGAUUGGCACCGCAGCUGGAGCUAGUGCCCUCAGCAGUAUGUUUGACUCCCUGGCGAAUCAUACCAUCAGCCGCUGGAUGAUUGACAGCGUGGGGACUUUAAAUGGCCUGGGAAAAGGAGAAGAAUCAUACCCAGAUCUGCUGGCCCUUGUCAUUGCCGUCAUUGUGACCAUCAUUGUUGCCCUGGGGGUGAAAAAUUCUGUCGGCUUCAACAAUGUGCUCAAUGUGCUCAACUUGGCCGUCUGGGUGUUUAUCAUGAUUGCUGGUCUUUUCUUCAUCAAUGGAAGCUACUGGGCUGAAGGACAGUUCCUGCCUCAUGGAUGGUCAGGGGUCCUCCAAGGAGCAGCGACUUGCUUUUACGCCUUCAUCGGUUUCGACAUCAUCGCCACCACAGGAGAAGAAGCAAAGAAUCCCAACACAUCCAUCCCUUACGCCAUCACGGCCUCCUUAGUCAUCUGCCUCACGGCGUAUGUGUCUGUGAGCGUGAUCUUGACCCUGAUGGUGCCCUAUUAUGCCAUCGAUACCGAGUCCCCCCUCAUGGAGAUGUUUGUGGCCCACGGAUUCUAUGCUGCAAAAUUCAUCGUGGCCAUUGGCUCCGUCGCCGGCCUAACAGUCAGCUUGCUGGGGUCCCUCUUCCCUAUGCCCAGGGUCAUUUACGCCAUGGCCGGUGAUGGGCUUCUCUUCAGGUUCCUGGCCCACGUCAGCUCCUACACUGAGACGCCCGUGGUGGCCUGCAUCGUGUCCGGGUUCCUGGCGGCCCUCCUCUCUCUCCUGGUCAGCCUGAGGGACCUGAUUGAAAUGAUGUCCAUCGGCACCCUGCUCGCCUACACCCUGGUCUCGGUCUGCGUCCUGCUCCUCCGCUACCAGCCCGAGAGCGACAUCGACGGCUUCGUGAAGUUCCUGUCCCAGGAGCACACCAAGAACAAGGAGGGCGUUCUGGCCGAGUGCGAGAAGGAAGCCUGCUCCCCCAUGAGUGAAGGGGAAGAGUUUUCAGGCCCAGCCACCAACACCUGUGGGGCCAAGAACUUACCGUCGCUGGGAGACAACGAGAUGCUCAUCGGGAAGUCGGACAAGUCCGCCUACAACGUCAACCAUCCCAACUACGGCACCGUGGACAUGACGUCCGGCAUAGAGGCCGACGAGUCGGAAAACAUCUACCUGAUCAAGCUCAAGAAGCUGAUCGGACCUCGCUACUACACCAUGAGGAUCCGCCUCGGCCUCCCGGGCAAAAUGGACCGGCCCACGGCGGCGACGGGCCACACGGUGACCGUGUGCGUUCUCCUGCUCUUCAUCCUCAUGUUCAUCUUCUGCUCCUUCAUCAUCUUCGGCUCCGACUACAUCUCGGAGCAGAGCUGGUGGGCCAUCCUGCUGGUCGUGCUCAUGGUCCUGCUCAUCGCCGCCCUGGUGUUUGUGAUCCUGCAGCAGCCCGAGAACCCCAAGAAGCUACCCUAUAUGGCCCCCUGCCUCCCGUUUGUGCCCGCCUUUGCUAUGCUGGUGAAUAUCUAUCUCAUGCUGAAACUCUCCACCAUCACCUGGAUCCGGUUUGCCGUCUGGUGCUUUGUGGGUAUGCUUAUUUACUUUGGAUAUGGCAUAUGGAACAGCACGCUAGAAAUCAGUGCCAGGGAAGAGGCCUUGCAUCAGAGCACCUACCAGCGCUACGACGUGGACGACCCCUUCUCCGUGGAGGAUGGUUUCUCCUACGGCCCGGAGAUCGAGGGCCAGCAGGACUGGGCAGGCGCGGCAGCUGAAGACAAAGGCUUCUAUUACCAGCAGAUGUCAGAGGCGAAGGAAAACAGCCGGACAAGUAGCAAACCGAAAAGCAAAGGCAAACACAAACAGAACUCGGAGGCUCUGAUUGCAAAUGAUGAGUUAGAUUACUCACCAGAGUAGGAUCGAAUAAAUAAAGGGUGGAAGAGAUGAUGAUUAUGGGCAAGCUAACCUGGGGGUUAGGAGGUAAAGGCUUUCUCGGCUCUCAUUUUGCAAUCGUCCCAUAAGUCAGUCCCCCAAAUCAUAGCCUGUACCUUGCUAUUUCCCUCUUCAAGAUGAUUCUGUAAAAAAAGGUUUAACCUGAACCCUAUAAUUGACCCUCUUCUUCCAUCCUCCCCUUCCCUCCCAACUAGUGCAAAACCAAACCCAAUAAGGCUGCCGGAGAAUCUCUCUUCAUCACAACUGUCAAAAGUGAUCUGAUUGACAGUUUCUGACCCUUUUACUUUAGCGGUUGGCUCAGAGGUUCUUUAGGGCCCCUUUGAGACACUAAGAAGCAUAGAACAAGCUCCCUGGGCAGCCCGAUGCUUCCAUCCCAACGAGAGAGGUGCCAAAGCUGGUGGGUGAAUGACGAGUCACCGGAUUCAGCCCAUCCUCUGAGUCAGGGAGGGCACAGUCCUUUCAGCUAAGAGUCCCUCGCCACAGCUGAACCGGUGCAACCAAGUUAGCUGUCAUUUUCUCAGCAAGGAAUAGUGUGUCCUGAAAGCUCACCGAAUUGGAUUCUGGGACAAGAUAGGUGCCUCUUUGUGUUUACCAAGGGACUUCACCCACAUGUACCAAUGGACCAAUCAAAGAUCAAUGAAUCCAGACACAUCCCCAGAUGGCCCAAGUCUACAGUGACGGAGCCAUGUAAAAUAAGUGACAUGGUACCAUAAAGUUUUCAAUGGGCUUCCAGGGCAAAAAAAAAAAUCCAAAGAGCAUGGGGAGAAAUCACUUUAGCCACUUCCUUUGCAGUCUGCGGUGUUCCGUGCUGCUAUGAAUAGGGAAUAUCUAUUCCCCACAUUCAUGAAAUUUGAAAUCCAUGGAAGCCUUUGCUUUCAGAACAAGCUCAAGAUAUCUGACCAAUAUAAAGGUUUUAAAGAAAAGGCAAAGAUAGUUUCAAUCUCAUAGGACUCGGUGAAAAAUUAGACCAAAUUUGUAUCAUCACUGGAUAAAGGUCUUAACAAAUAGAUACACCAACCUUUAAGAUCUCCCAGAAAAUUCUUUUCCAUUUUAAAAAUAACAAAUUGUGCAGUAUUUGGAUAUAUCUAAGCAUUUGACUAGUGGGUGCUAUUCUGAAAAAUGCUGACAUAUGGCUAGUCGGAUAAUAGCAUUACACAAGCCUCCGUCCCACCUCAGAACCAGCUGAUCUAGGGGGUACACACCUACAGACCAAUGUUCUCUUCCAGAACAUUUCCCCAAACUGAAGCCCCUAGGGAGGGGAAAGCUCUCACCAGGUACUAGAUCUGGGCUUUACAAAGGAAAAAUCAAACUUCCCCCCUCCCACUCCUAUUCCAAACAAAGUAGUCUUGGAAGUAUUAAAAGUAACACAUAACUAAUUGGGAAUUCUCCCCUUAGGUUAUUGGCUGCCUCUCCCUCAGGCUUCACUGUUCCUUGCAUGCAAGCUCAAACAAAACCGUUUCACACAUUGCUUUUCUCUUUGCAAGAAUGAUCCCAAAAAAGGGAAAGGGGAGUUUUUUCCUUCAUCCUGCUGGUUUCCCAACUCCAUCGAGCAACAAUAUGCCCUGGUCCCUCCCCUUCUAAAUGCCUGGGCUUUGUGUUCUCAGCCUCCAAGUUUGCUUUGGAAUGAUGGUGAGGAGACAGCUACCCUGGACAGGGACAGACGGAGCAGAGCCAGGGUUGUCUUGUAUAGAAAGACUAAAGCAUCCCAUCUCAGCUGACCAUCACUAUAGCCAAAACGUGGGCUUAACAGGUAGAGCAAUCCUUCAAAAUACAAGAAAGCUCCAUAGUGCAUGAGUAGCUAUAAUGCUCCCUGAACUUAUAACUACUCCUUUAAAGAAAAAAUCCUUUGUGGUUCUUGUUUUGAAAUUUUGGUUGCCUGUUGGUUUAGGAUGCUGACCUCCAAUCAACAAUAUUGGUUUUCUCUCACCUGAACUACUUACUCUUAGGGAGACUGUACCUGACCUGAAAGGAAGAGGAAUUUGAAAAAGCAGAUGGGUAAUGAAAUUCAUGUUAUUUAUGUUCAUUUUGAACACUGGAGAGAGAGAAACACUGGUAAACUUUAUGAGGAGGGGAGAGAAAGUGAUGGAUUUAUUUUAAGACUUAUCAACCCUCUCUUGUUUAAAUAAGUCCAAUUCCAUUUUCGAUCAGCUCAGAAACUGGAAGGGAAAAGUAAUUAUGAAUUAGCAUCACAUCAGGAGAAAAUGGGAGGGGGGGAUAGCAAAUAUUUUAGUGUAAAAAGUAGAGAUUGGCAGUGGUCUGUUGGAGGGUUUGGUAGAUGGUCUAUCACUAGCAGUAUUCCACAGUUCAAUUCAACAAGCAUUUAUUAAUCACCUACUAUGUGCAAGGCACCGUUGAUACAUACUAGGGUUUCAAUAACAACAUAAAAAGCGGCCCAUUUCCUCAAGGAGCAGGUAUUCGGCAAGAAAAUCAUUGAAGUAGACAGUUGGAGGACACAAAGUCCAAUCCUUUCAUUUUAUACAUGAGGGAACUGAGGCUCAGAGAGAUUCCUAAGUCAUAGGAUAAUAGACAUAAAGCUGAAAGGGAUUUGAGAAGCCAUCUAGUCUAACUCACUUACUCUACAGAUGAGUACAGAUUCUAAAUCUGGAGAAAAAAUCUGAGCAAAGACACAGUGAUAGAAAAUAGCAGAAAGCUAGGGGAACAAUGACUUGGCCAGUCCAUUUGGAAUAGCAAGAGAGUAAAUGAAAAUACUCAACAAUCCAAGUGCAAGAAAAGAAGGAUGUUUUGUAUAUUAUGUUGGUAAAAGUUCAUUUCUUUUGCAUUGAUCACCAAAGCUUCUGUAAUACUGGGAGAACUGUUGCAGUAGAAUAAAAAGUACUUUUCCCCAAGUUAUAGAUAGUAAGGAGAGAGUGGAUCAUUGAAAUUCCCUGAUAAUCCUUAAAUCUCAUUUCAUUCCAUCAUUCCACGCACCUAUUCCAUGACACAUUUUACUGAACUCAAUUCGUAGUUCCGUAAAUAUUUAUUAAGUAUAUACUAUAUGUACUUAAUAGUACAUAUAGUACUAUAUGGCACUAAAGUGACAAGGAUGAAAAGAUCUGUUCUCCAGGAGCUUAUUGACAUUGCUAGGAGACAGAAAGUCUCUGGAUCCGUGGUCGUUCAUUAACCCUGUGACUAACUGGCUCAGAUUCUAUUUCCUGAAGUGUUUCCUUGCUAGUUGUAUCCCUCUGGAGAUUCUGUUGGUAGUGCCAUAACAGCUGACUGUCAAAAGGCAGAAGGAAAGGGAGAGAAGUCAGUGGCUCAAAUAAUCCUUCAAUUAGGUAUUCUGCUCCUGGCUUACUCAGCAUUGUAUGAGAACUGCUCUUUUCUAACAACUGAGCUGGUUUUCGGUUUUUUGUUGCUGUUGUUUUUAAAUCAGACCAGUCUAUUUACUGUGUUUAAAGUAGAAUUAAGCGAUCUAAAGGAACUCUAGCACCAUUUGUAUCCAUUUCCUAAAUGUGCUGACUCAAAUAGUCAGCUUCCAUUCAAUACGCCAAGAGGGACCAAAACCAUAAAAUUCAUGGGAUACAAAUUUGAAAUUAAAGAUUUGAUCAAAAGCAUUGAGAGAAAUCAGUGAACACAUCUGUACUUUUUAGAGUUUCCAUUUAGGUAUAAAAAAGAAACCAACAAAUUUUAAAUUUUUUACAACAUACCUGUCAUCCAAAUUGUGCUGGAAAAGAAUGCCAAGAGAAAUCUCAUAAUUGAAACCAUUUCUAAUAAGGGCAGAAAAUGAGUUUGACAACUUCUUUACACCAAGACUUGGGUGCUAGAAAAAUUCUGUCUUCAGCUAUGGUUUCCUGGCCUUUUUUUAACAUGAGCUUUCAUUAUGUAUGAUCUGUUGAUGUAAACACAUAAUGAAUCACUGAAAACCCUUGGGGCUCCCUAACAGAAGAAAGGGGUCAGAAAUAUGCCCUUUUUAAAUAGUGCAUGCUGAUAUUUUCAUGUCCUACUUUUGGUGUCACCACAAAUUAAGCAUGUCUAAAAGCAUGGGCUAUUCAAUUUUUACAUUUCAUUAAGAUAUAAGCUCUCAGAGACAUAGACUGUCUGGCUUCUCCAUUUGUGUCUGAUAUACAGUGCUCACUUAAAAAAUGUUGAUCGACUGACUGAUUUAUUGGACACCCCAACAGAAAUCAUAAACAAAGGCGCAGGUAGAUGAUAUAUAGAUUAUUCUUUUAAUCUACGAGAAAAAAUAUAAGCCAAAAGACUAAAGAUAAUCUUGUAUUGUUAUUUGGUCUAUAUAGCAAAAAAAAUUAUUAUUAUUAUAGUAACUUUUUCCGAUUAGGACCAUUCUAAAUUAAUGAGAAUCUAAGGGAUAAGAAUAGACUGGACCUGUGAUUUCAUUAUAAUAGGGGACUGUUGGAUAAUUCUCUCUGCCAAAGAAUAAUGGCACCUUUCCUAAAACUUUUGGUCGUAGAGAGUUGUUUAAAGAACUAACAGGGUAAGCGACUUGCCCUUGGGGGUCAUAUAGCCAGUAUGUGUCAGAAGUUAUACUUAAGCUACCAGAGUCUGGAACCAGCUCUGUGCCCACUAUACAACACUGCCUCUCAUUCAUGUCUUUUUUCUAAAUUAAUAAAAAAUUAUGGAAGAUUUCUUCCAAAAUCCAUUUUAAUUACCUAAAAGUUCCCUUAGUAGUUGUCACAAGUGCUUCCAAGUGUUUCCAAGCCCUGUUGCAGCUGCUUGAUUGGCCAGAUAAGGCUUAUCUCUAAUUAAGAAAUCCAUUGGCUUAUGAAACCUCAAGGUGCUGAGAUUGUUUCUAAUGACUUUAGUACAUUGUUUCUGUAUAAACCAAAUGGAAACUAUUUCAGACAUUAUUCCCAUGCUCUCCUAGAAAUGUUUGACACAAGUGACAUAAUUUAGAACACAUUUGGCUACAAUCUAUGAGUCAGCCCCUUGCCUGUACUCCUUUCAGGGGUACGUGUGAUCUCCCAAGGUCAUGUAAUCAAUGUGGGUCAAAAGCAAGAUUUUAACCUAGGUUUUUCUGACCUUGAGUCCAACUCUCUUUCUCUAGUCAAAUCAAGUUGAAUCAAGCCAAUUCAAGUCAAUAAGCAUUUAUUAAGCACUUAUUGUAUGCUAGGCUUUGGGGAUCCAAAAAAAAGUUUAUAUUCUUAAAGAUUUCACUGCCUGAUGAGAAAAACAAAACAAAACAUGGAAACAACUGUGUAUCAACAAGAUAUAUAAGGCAAGCUGCCUCUUAUGUUGUUACUCUAUCAAUAUUUCAUUUCCUUUGAAAAUUCAUAAGAAAGGUUACUCACAUUUUCCUUUCCUAUAUGAGGCACUGUAUUUAUUUAUUUGUUUGUUUGUUUAGAUGAGGGAAUGGUAGGGCUUGGUGUAGAUCACUGUCAGACUCCUUCCACAAAUUGGCAAGUCCUUUGGAACUGCUGGGUUGAAGGCUUGCCUGGAGAUACUGAGGGUAAGGCAGUUUGCCCAGGGUCACACAGCUAGUGUUUGUCAAAUAUAACUAGGUCUUCCUCAUGCCAAAGGUAGCCCUCUGUCCAUUUUGUCAUGCUGCCUCUCGUUUUCUUAAAAAGAAAAAGGUCUCCUCACUUUUCUCGGUCCUCCUGAGAAACCCAAGGAAGGUAUCUGUACUAUUGUUCAUUUUUUAUCUUUAACUCUUUUUUUUUCUCUAAAAAAUAGGCCUCCUUUCUCUUCUUAGCUCUCAAGUUCCAGAAGGUAAAAAAAGUACUAUCUUAUUCUUGCCUUAGUUUAGGGAAUAUUGUGGGGUUUGCCUGAUAUCGAUAUAUGUUCUGAAAUGGACAUAUUUUCUGCUGUCAACUUACAUGGUGUAGAAGCCAUAAACAGUGUUCUAGAUGGAUGGAGACAAGAUGGCCUGGAAGACUCUCCCUCUAAGGAAAUCAUCCAUGAAUUCCACUAGAGAGAAGUGAGGCUUUCUAGAGCUGGUAGCUUAUUUAUGAUCCUUAUAAUCCCUCAAAUGCAGGAAUUUUGAAAAGUUUUUUUGUGUCAUUGAUCCUUUAGCAAUCUGAUGAAAUCUUCUGAGAUCAUGUUUAUUGCCUCGGUUCACAACUGAAUGAAAUGCUAAAUCAGAGGUUAGUGAAAAUAAAGAUAUAUUUCAUCCAUCCAAGUUUGCAGACCUCCCCUGAAAUCUAUCCACCUCUUCCUUAGGGUUGUAUGAGUCUCUGAUUUUUGGAAAGGCCAAGGAAAAUGAGAGAGCACUAUUCAAACCUAGGAAAUAACACAGUUGGAGGAUCAUUCACCUCUUUGACCCUUUCCCCACCAGUUAUCUUCAUGGGUACCAUUUGCACGAGCAAGGACGUGAACCUAAGAGUCAUUUGAUUUUCCCAAGAAGUACGAUCUUUGCUGAAUCCUUUUCAUUUUAAUGUACAGGUCAGGCACAAGUCCCCUUAUGGUGGGUCCUGGGAGCUGACUGUGUUCAUGUCUCCCCUGACAAAUAGCAAGGAAAGGCUAAGCUGAGGAGGAAUCCCAAGCUCCCAUCUUCCAAAGCAAACACGCUCUUUGGUUGCUGAUCAUAAAUACCUCAACUGUUUUUGCUUAUGUAAGCAACUCCCUAAGGUUUGCAGAGGACAUCCCUGGUCCUUAUUCCACUUGGACAACUGUCUGAUGAUGAAAUUCAACUUCUAGCUUUCUCACUGUGGAAAAUAUAAGAGAAAAAUCACUGUUUGAUUCGUAUCUGAUGUUAUAAAUAGAACUUGUAAAUUCUAUCGACUUUUCGUUUUGUUUGGUCCUUGAGAAGUACAACUUACUUUCUGCAGGUGGUAUUUUCUGGUGUCCAUUCUCUGAUGUUUUGGUUAUGAAAUUGCUGUAUUUGCUUUUAAAAGUGUUCCUUUUUGUGGUUUUCAAUUCCCAUUGGUGCACCAUACAAUGGGGCGUUGUUGUGUGUUAUGAAGAAAGAAAAAAAUAUAUAUGCAGAUGUAUAUUAUGGAGUGGAAUUUAUGUUCCAAUGACUGUAGUGUUAAUAUUAUAUUGACUUAUUGAGAAUCUGGGGAAAUUCUAAACUUAACAAAAUGUGUCUAUUUUAAUAAAUAUAUAAAGCUUUA